AACAAUCAGAGGAAACACUACGUGGAUCGAAGUCUUAAUCCUUCUCUCCUAUAUAAAAGAACAAUAUCCAGAUCCCAUUUUCUUCAUCAUCUUUCAUUCAUUCAUUCAAAGAUCUUGAGAUUUUCUUUGAGAAGAAUCGACAAUGUCUGGGCGUGGUAAGGGAGGUAAGGGUUUGGGAAAAGGAGGUGCGAAGAGGCAUCGUAAGGUUCUCCGUGAUAACAUUCAAGGUAUUACGAAGCCGGCUAUUCGAAGACUUGCACGUAGAGGAGGAGUGAAACGUAUCAGCGGUUUGAUCUAUGAAGAAACUAGAGGCGUUCUCAAGAUCUUUUUGGAAAACGUCAUUCGUGAUGCUGUUACUUACACUGAGCAUGCUCGUAGGAAGACUGUUACAGCAAUGGAUGUUGUUUAUGCUUUGAAGAGGCAAGGAAGGACUCUCUAUGGUUUUGGUGGUUAGGGUUUGUGUUUGUUGGUUCUGAAUUGGGUAUCUGUAAUUACGAAUGUCUUGUUAGUGCUACUAUGUCGUUUUUCAUCUUUGUAACCCUAGAUUUUGAAUCUUGAUAGUUCUCUUUAAUCAAAUGAACUGAUGUUCUUCAGAUUUCAUUG